AUGGAGGUUAUGAACAAAAGCCAAAGAUUUCAAAGACCAAUUCAAUUGAUCAGCCAGAAGCUUGUCACCAAAAUUCUGCUCCCUUUUUCACUUCUUUCUGCAAUAUUAUCUUACCCUUCGUUAUGCAACUUCCAAACUUUGGCAUAUAGUUUACAGCUCUUCAGUUUUAGUGUCGACAAGACUUACAUGUUUGUGCUUUGCAAUGGACUUAUUUUUUUCAUUGCCACCGGCUCCGGUUUGAUUGGUAGUUUUGGGGUGGAGUCUGAUGUUGACAAGGUGGCGAGGAUCGAAGUUGAUCAGAGAGAAGAACUGCCCUUGGUUGUAGAAGAUGAAGGCGAAGAAGAAAGAUGGAAUGAGAUUGUUUCACUCGAAGAAGAUGAAGAUGAAACACUUGGGUUUUUGAGUAAUGAAGAGCUAAACAAGAAAUGUGAAGAUUUUAUUAGGAGAAUGAAACAAGGGAUUCAGUUUGAAGCUCGCAACUGA